AUGGCUGCAAAUGCCCAUCUGUUCAUCUCAUCGCCCAACCCCAUCCCUGGCACGGCCAUAAAAAAUCCACUCGCUGACGACGGAUCAAACUUCCCUUGCCAUGGUGUCGCUCUUCCAGGCUCCGGUGGCCAGAAGAUGGCUGUCGGCUCGGAGCAAAAGCUCACCUUUGAUGCCGGAGCCGGCUUGAACACUGCCGUCCAUGGUGGCGGAUCUUGCCAACUAAGUCUCACAUACGAAACCGAUCCUCAAAAGGUCAAGCAAGCCGAUGCUUGGAAGAUGGCCCGUACACGAUCCAACAAUUUCGACUGUAUCAACACCUUCGAUUUUACCAUUCCUCAGGGCGUCAAGAAUGGUCAAGCUACUUUGGCAUGGACGUGGUUCAACAAUGUCGGCAACCGCGAGAUCUACAUGAACUGCGUUGCUGUAGAUAUCACCGGUGGUUCCGACGACGCUACCAUGAGCGACUUCCCCGACAUCUUCCUCGCCAACAUGGGUCCCGCUUAUGGUGAUGUAAAAACCGAUGAGUACCCUGUCCAGAACGUCAAGUUCCCCAACCCCGGAAAGUAUGUC